CGAGGUCAACUUGCUCAAACUAUAUACAGUAUUGCCUGUUGUAGGCGCUUUAACUUAGCAACCGUUGUACAACUACUUUGUGUGUAACGUAGAUCGGAGGUAGUAGGCUAUUCCUUUCCAAUUUUUCGCCGACCCUGACAGUGACUGUUCAUUGGGACACAAUGGUACUAUUCGGAGUUACCCUGGUGAGAAUGUCUAGCCGACACGGCGCUGAGCCCAUGGAAGACCCUGUGCCUCGAUCUCUCCAGCACCCGGGCCCUACCGGUGGGGUAUCAACGGUGUCCAGCAUUCUAAAUCCCGCAAUCCUUCCUCAUACAAUCGUAGCCUUUCUCUACACCAUCUUCGUGCUGGGUCAAAUCAGAAGGAAGUUGGUGAGGUUGAACACUCGGGUUGUGGUAGAAUUUCUCAUACUGCAUGUACUGUGGCAGAGUUUAGUACUGGACACCCUGGGGAAAGGCUGGGCGCUUCUCCUAAUACUCGUCAUGAUCUGUUACAUCAAUUCCCACCUGCUUAGCGAGUUUUUCGCCGUGGAGAACAAAGCAGUCUUGAUUACAGGUUGUGACCGUGGUUUCGGGCACGCCUUGGCUAUCCGCCUUGAUCAACUGGGAUUCCGUGUAUUUGCUGGAUGCCUGGAUAAGACCGGAGAGGGAGCGGUCAAGCUAGAGGCCCAAUGCUCGGACAAGCUGAAGACCAUCCAACUGGAUAUCACAAAAGACGAUGACGUGGAGAUUGGGGUGCAGACGGUGAAAGCCCACCUGGGAAGUUCAGACUUAUGGGGCAUUGUGAACAAUGCUGGGAUCUGUAUGGCCGGGAACACAGAGAUCAUGGCCAUGGAGGACAUGAAAAAGAUCAUGGAGGUGAACUUCUGGGGACCAGUCCGUGUGUGUAAAGCCUUCUUGCCUCUUGUCCGCAGGGGUAGCGGAAGAGUUGUUAACGUUGCCAGUAAUGCAGGAUUGGUGCCUAUCCCCCUAAUGGGUGCUUACUGUGCUUCCAAGGCGGCAGUUGCCACAAUGACCGAGAUCUGGAGGGCAGAGUUACAGGCGUGGGGCGUGAAAGUGUCCACUGUCAUUCCGAGUGGUUUCAAUACUGGAAUCCUUGCAUACGACAAAUCCAAGAUGGCCGAAAAAUGGUUCGCAGGUGCAUCUGAUGUUGUCAAAGAAGAUUUUGGCAAAGAAGCAUUCUACGUGAAGCCGAAAGCUCAAGGAAAUGAGGAGAAGCUUUUAUCCUCGGACUUGUCGUUGAUCGUGGAUGUGAUGGUAGACGCCUUGCUGUCCACGGCCCCCAAGGCCUGCUACUACCGGGGAUUCCUGGCCAGGUCUCUCCCUUUCCUUUACACCCAUUUCCCGACGGUCGUCACAGAUCCUCUGAUGAAGGUGCUCGGAGACUGGUUUGAUACCGUCACUCCUAGGGCUCUCCAGAAACGUGAGCUGUGAGUCAGCGAGCAGCGUUCCUUUUGGAAAACGUUUGCUGCUUGGAACAGGAGACAGGAAGUACUUACUCCACGCGAAAAAAAAAAAACCAAGACGUCCACUGUCAUCAGACACUCAACUGGAUCCGCUUCGAAGUGACGUCCGCGCCGAUUGGCCCACGCGGAUCCAGUUCAACCAUUGAUAAUUAAGGGUGUGUGAAUAAAACCCGGAUCUGAAUCUCCCGCUCUUAUGGUCCAUAAAACAAAAGAUACAUUUUAACUGUAGGAAUGAGACACCAGGCUUUAAUACGGGUAUGAAGUGAAGCCUUAAAUUUAAUCAUGGUGUUAUCUACUGUUGUGAAGUGAAUAUGGCCUCGAGCAAAAUAUUUUAUUUUUGAUCCUUUACAUAUUUGUCCCUUUAUAUUUUAUCUGUGAUAGGUUUUUUGAAAUGUAUUUUAUGAUUAUUUUUACUGUGUGAUAUUCUUCGACUAAUUUAUUCUAGUUAUGUAUGAAUGUAAGGAAGGUGUGUGUAAAGGUCGAAGACAUAGAGUGUUUGUGGUGAAAAUUUUGGUGAUGUGCAAUUUUGAAGUUGUUGUGACAAUAUGCCCAUUUUAUACACUAAAUUUUAUUAUUAAUUAAUAAUUUACACAUUCAUGUGUGAUGAAUUUCCUGUAUUUGGUAAAUCGGGUUUGUCAGUAAACGCUUUCAAAACAUUAUUUAUGGUGAAAGGUACAAAAAAUGUAAACAUGCUUAUAUUAAUUUAUGCUUUAAAUGAAAUCCAAAGGAAGAAAUAUCCCUGAUAUAUUUAUUUGUGAAACAUUCCCUUGUAUUAUAAUCAUGACCAAUUGAUCAAUUAAUAAGUGUGCUUGGUUUGUGCUGCAAAAAAUACUGAUAGCUUUCUUUAUAUUUCACACACUGUUUUGUGACAGUUAUGAUAUUUUUAAUGCGAUUGUUCUUUAGGGUAAUACAUUUCAUACAUUCGAAGAUGCGAAAUAUUUUAUUUUAAUUGGCAUUUAAUUAAUUACCAUUAAAUGUACGUUUUAAAGAAUUUAUAUGUGAAAGCGGAACAUGAUUAUGUCCUGUUAAUUUAUUUGUAGUUCUUUAUGUGGUGUAAGAUGAUAGACCUGUUGGUUAGUCUGUAGUGUUGGAAAAAGCGGUCAGCUCAAACAUUGUCAUGGUACAGUGAACGUUAUCCGUGAGAUUCCAAACACAUAUGCGACAAAGCAAGUUUUAAUAAAUUAAAUACAAUAAAGUGUGUAAUA